AUGAAUAUUGAUCUUUCUCAAAUUGAAGAAAAAAUAAUUAAUUUUGCUAAACUUGGAGAUUCUUCAGGAAUGGAUCAGGAAAAUAAUACUCAUGAAAUUUUCCGACGAGAUACAUUAAUAAUUGGAGGUGUUGAACAAAAUAAGAGUGACAUAGAGGGUAGUGGAGUAUCCCCAGAGGAGGAAAAACCUGGAGGGCAUUUUCCAAGAACUGUUAUAUUGACAGCUGCUGCAUUUGUACAAAGAGUUGAUGGUGUUAUAUUAGAAGGAGUAAGUUGA